UCCGGACGCCAAAGCUAGGAGAAGCUGCGCAUCCCUCAGGGCCGGGCUGUGAGUAGGCGGAGGAGGAGCUGGGAAUCCCGCCGCUCCGGCUAUAACCAGGCCCCCAGCGCAGGUUUCCAAGAGCUCCUGAAGGCAGGCACCCUCGCCUCAGCCGGCUAUCCUGUGCUCCUGUACCCGCGGCCACCAUGAUGCAAAUCUGUGACACCUAUAACCAGAAGCACUCGCUCUUUAACGCCAUGAACCGCUUCAUUGGUGCCGUGAACAACAUGGACCAGACGGUAAUGGUGCCCAGCCUGCUGCGCGACGUGCCCCUGGCUGAGCCCGGGCUGGACAACGAUGUCGGCGUGGAGGUAAGCGGCAGUGGCGGCUGUCUGGAGGAGCGCACACCUCCGGCCGCUGGCGCCGGCAGCGCCAACGGCAGCUUUUUCGCGCCCUCCCGGGACAUGUACAGCCACUACAUGCUGCUCAAGUCCAUCCGCAACGACAUCGAGUGGGGGGUCCUGCACCAGCCGCCACCGCCGGCGGGAAGCGAGGAGAGCAGCACCUGGAAGUCCAAGGACAUCCUGGUGGACCUGAGCCACUUGGAGGGCGCGGACGCCGGUGAGGAGGACCUGGAACAGCAGUUUCACUACCACCUGCGCGGGCUGCACACUGUGCUCUCCAAACUCACGCGCAAAGCCAACAUCCUCACCAACAGAUACAAGCAGGAGAUUGGCUUCAGCAAUUGGGGCCACUGAGGAGGGUCGGCCCGCAGCUGCCCAGCACCCUUCCCUGCCCCAUCUCUCACCUUUUCUUUACUCAAAGCUGUUUUCUUUCUGGCUGUAGGGCGAGAUGGGCCAACUGCAAAGUUGGGGGUCUGAGUAAGUGAAGGAUGUGCGGCAGGGCUGCAUGCAAGAGGGGGUCUCUUUUGGGAGAAAAGAAGAGAAAGUGGCGGCGGGAGAAGGUAAAGGACCUCCUUUCCUUCCGGGGGACGGUGGGGUGGAGGGGGGCUGUGUUCUACCUGGGUGGGGAUGGAAUUGGGCUGACGCCCUGCAUUCAGCCUGUGCCUUUCCUGGAGUUUCUUUUCUGUUCUUUCCGGCGGAGGAGGGCCCAGAAGGGGCCAUGCCAGGGCGCGGCUCUGGGUUGCCACACUUGGGAGCGCCGCCCAGAGGAGCUGGUGCUGGGGAAGGCGGGGCACGCUGCAGCCUCCCGCCUCCCCGCUCUGGGGCUGGUGGAGGCCGCAACGUUGCUAGGAUUGCAUCAGUUUUCCUGUUUGCACUAUUUCUUUUUGUAACAGUGGCCCUUUCUUAAGUGUUUCGAAUCUCCUUGCUCUGAAACUUGGGCGAUUCCAUUGUGAUAAGCGCACAAAUAGCACUGUCUGUGGGUAACCGGUACUAGUUUAUUAAUGAUUUUCUGUUACACAGUAUAGUUGUCCUAUGACACUCUACCCACAUCUUUCACGCCACCCCUGUCCCUACCCCAGUGAGUGUAAGUUGGCAUUGUGCCAGCUUGUAUGAAGCUUGCCACUCAACCAGUGGAAAUAAUAACAUUAUUAUGAGAAAGUGGACUUGUCUGAAAUGGAACCAACUGACGUUCUAUAUGUGUUGUUCAUAGAAUGAUGAAGAGUUCCACUGUUAUUAUAUGUCUUAAAUUUAUUUAAAACUUUUUAAAUCCAGAUGUAGACUAUAUUCUAAAAAAUAAAAACGUCAAAUGUGUUAAUGAAACUCGAUAAAAGUUUGUUGCUCUUUAAUCCAUCAAUGAAUGACUUAGUAGUUAAAUAAAAAUAAAUUUAAUUGA